AUGGCUCUCGGAUGCCCUUUUACCCUCAACGAUACAACCAUAUUCAAACCAUAUCCGUUCACCAGCUACGGUUGUCUAGUUCGGGAAAUAAACAUGAAUAGCAAACUGACCCCCGAGCUGGGCAGGAGGAAACGACCGGCUUGGGGAGCUCAUAAUAACAUCGACGGUGUAGUGAAAAAGACCAGGAAAACCCGGCUUCGUACUCACCUCUUAAACAUUACAGUACUUCCUGAUUUGAGCUAUGCUUCAGAAACUUCGGAUCUUCGCAAGCAGGAAGAAAAUGCUGUGAGCGUUAUUGAACGUCAUCGAAAUAAACUGGGGCGGAUACGCGACGUGCUUCAGCGAUUACCGUUGGACAAGAGCCUUGAGCCUCUGAGUUCCACUGGCUGUUAG